AUGCGUGCAUCUCUAACUACCCUUUUGGGGUGGGCUGCUGGCGCCACCGCGGCUCUACAAGUUGUCGAGAACUCAACUUACAUUACUCUUGGAAAUGACCGCCUCACAGCUGUGCUCAAGAGGAGCGCCGGCCAGAUCGUUGAUCUUACCCUGGAUGGCCAGGACUUGCUCGGAGUUCAAUCCGGAUCCACCGGAAUUGGCCCCUACCUGGAUUGCUAUUGCAUUCCAUCGGGCUUUUACACAGCCGGUGCCACAAGCCCCAGCAUGGAAGUCGUGCAAGGCACCGAUUCAACCGGGACAAAAUACGGUGGCAUGAUUUUGACGGACACCUAUACCCCAACAGGGCAACAAUUCCAACAAUAUUGGUUCCUGCGCGAUGGCGAGACCGGUUUGCAUAUGUUCAGUCGAUUGGCUUACCACAACGAGACCACUCCAUUCUUGCGCAAUCUGCAAGAGUUCCGAACCUUGUUCCGUCCUAACACUGAUCUCUGGACGCAUUUGACGUCUAGUGAUGUUCAAACUGCGCCUCUCCCGAGCAAAGAGGCUAUCUCUAAGCAGAUCGUUGUUCAAGAUGCGACGUGGACAUUCAACAAUACACCCACUGAUGCAUACUACACUCAAUUCUCCGAGUAUUUCACGAAAUACACUUUCUCGAACCAAUGGAGAAACAACAGUGUGCAUGGUCUCUAUGCCGAUGGCAGCACCUCGAAAGGUGCAACUUACGGAGCGUGGAUGGUGAUGAACACCAAGGAUACCUACUACGGUGGUCCACUUCAUUCUGACCUGACAGUUGAUGGAAUCGUUUACAAUUACAUUGUUUCGAACCACCACGGAGAGGGCACACCAAACAUCACCAAUGGAUUUGACCGAACUUUCGGCCCGCAAUUCUAUCUUUUCAACGGCGGCAAGGGCUCAGCCUCACUCGAAGAGCUGCGAUCUGAGGCUGAAGCUCUAGCGAACCCUCACUGGAACUCUGCAUUCUACGACUCCAUCGCAAAGCACGUCGUCGGGUACGCCCCUUCCAGUAAACGAGGCAGUGUGAAGGGAACCAUCAAGCUUCCCAAAGGCGCUACACGCCCUAUUGCCAUCUUGUCAGUUGAUGGACAGUACUUCCAAGAUAACAGCGCGGUCCCAAGUUCCUACCAAUACUGGACAGAUAUCAACAAAGACGGAACAUUCAGCAUCGAACGUGUCAAAGAGGGCAAAUACCGACUCACCGUCUAUGCGGAGGGUAUCUUCGGCGACUUUGUUCAGGAUGGAAUUACAAUCCGUGCAGGAAAGCAGGCCACCAUAAACAAGACUUGGAAGCAGGAAUCUGCAGGGGCUGAGGUCUGGAGGAUUGGAGUCCCUGAUAAGUCUUCUGGUGAAUUCAGACGCGGCAAUGCCAGAGAUUCAACACACUCGCUCAAUCCCCCUGAGUACCUUAUCUACUGGGGUGCUUAUGACUGGCGUGCUGACUUCCCCGAUGGCGUCAACUAUACCAUUGGUACCAGCGAUCCCGCCAAGGACUUGAACACGGCCCACUGGUCGGUCUUUGGGCCGACUUCUAAAGACUCACAUAUUGAAUAUGACACCACGAACGAUUGGACCAUCAAUUUCAAGCUCGACUCGAAGCAACUGAAGAAGAGCAAGACUGCAACUUUGACCAUUCAGCUGGCAGGUGCGAAGACUGCGGCAGGUAAUACCGAUGUGUGGAAUCCCGCAGAGCCAUAUAACAAUCUCUCCUUGGAAAGCUACAUCAAUGACGAGAAGAACCCUCUCACCUUUGUCAUUGGGUUCAACCAGUCCAGCAGCUGUAUUGUGCGUUCUGCGGUUAGUUGUUACCAGGUUGGAUCAAAGAUGGAAUUCCCAGCGGAUUGGUUGAAGGCGGGUGAUAAUGUGCUGCGCUUGCAUUUGCCUCACAAUGCAACGGAUACUGAGACUGCUAUCCUCCCAGCAACUGUUUAUGUUCAAUACGAUGCCAUCAGGCUCGAGUUGAAGUGA